CAACGAUACAGAUACAGACAGGAAAUCGCUGCAUUUUCCCAGUAUCCGAACUUCCGACAGUCCGUCAUAUGUGAAUUCCCCCGGUUAGUGGUUAAAAUGGCUGAAAGAGGAUACAGUUUCUCCCUCACCACAUUCAGCCCCUCGGGCAAACUGGUCCAGAUUGAAUAUGCUCUUGCAGCAGUAGCAGCAGGUGCCCCGUCUGUUGGUAUCAAAGCCUCAAAUGGAGUGGUAUUAGCAACAGAAAAGAAACAGAAAUCCAUAUUGUACGAUGAACAGAGCGUGCACAAAGUGGAGCCUAUAACCAAACACAUAGGCAUGGUCUACAGUGGCAUGGGUCCAGACUACAGGGUGCUGGUGAGGAGAGCGCGGAAGUUGGCCCAACAGUACUUCCUGGUGUACCAGGAGCCCAUUCCCACAGCCCAGCUGGUGCAGAGGGUGGCCUCCGUCAUGCAGGAGUACACACAGUCAGGUGGUGUGCGUCCAUUUGGUGUGUCGCUGCUCAUCGCAGGAUGGGAUGAAGAUCGCCCUUUCCUCUUUCAGUCCGACCCAUCUGGUGCAUAUUUUGCUUGGAAGGCAACGGCAAUGGGAAAGAACUACGUUAAUGGAAAAACGUUCCUCGAAAAAAGAUACAAUGAGGAUCUGGAACUCGAGGAUGCCAUUCACACAGCAAUCCUGACCCUGAAGGAAAGCUUUGAGGGUCAGAUGACCGAAGAUAACAUUGAGGUGGGCAUCUGCAAUGAAGCAGGCUUCAGAAGACUCUCGCCUGCAGAGGUCAAAGAUUACCUGGCAGCCAUCGCCUAAGUCACCAUUGUCACUGAUUGCUUUUUUUCUGUUGUUGUUUUUGAGUUGUGUUGGCUACAAUACAAUAACUUCCAAGAACUGUAUUUUCAGCUGAACGGCAUUUUUAUUAUUUGUAAUUCUGUCCCUUCUUACCUCUGUAGAAACAUACCAAUAAAUGCAGGUGAUUACAAAAUG